CUCCCUCAAUUGGACUCGCCCGAAGGGACCCGUUUUGCUCGCCGAAUCCCUGCGGACGAGACCACUCGGCACCGACCGAUUUCAUUUUCUCCACGUAUCCCCCUCUUUCCUCACCGUCCGUUUCUUAGGAUAGACGAUUCAUUCUUCGCCUCUUUUCUUCGGAGUCGGUCAAGAUGCACGGAAGGCUGAAGGUGAAGACGACGGAAGAGCAAGCCGAAGCCAAACGCCUGGAACGGGAAAAGAAGCUCCACCAGUAUGUGACGGUCACCAAGGCCAUCUUUGAGAAGUGUCGACCCUUCUCUGUGGUGCCCCCUGCAGUUCAUUGCUGGGACUACCGGCGUUUCGUGGUGCAGAGAUCCAAGGUGCUACCCCAGGAUGAGCUGGCCUUCAGUGACAGGCUGAUCACCCGGAACUUCUCCAAUUAUUCCUCCUGGCAUUAUCGCAGCCUCCUUCUCCCGCAGCUGUACCCUGACCCCCAGCACCAAGGACGGAUCACAGAGGAAAUCCUUCUGAAAGAGCUGGACCUGGUGCAAAAUGCUUUCUUCACUGACCCGAACGAUCAGAGUGCUUGGUUCUAUCACCGAUGGCUUCUGGGAAGAGGGGAUCCCGAGCCAACCAUCCGCUGCGUUUACGUCAAUAGGGAAAACACCUCCCUGGCGGUAGCCUUCUCUCAUCCCGUGGCGGUGGCUCCGGCCUCACAUGACCUCAUUGUGUUCGGAGACGAGUCUCCGCUGGUAGUCCGUUGGCGCACUCCGGAUGGGAAAAAUAAACCCGGCUAUAUGUGGCUGUGUGACCUGCCAACCUCUGCUCUCAACGACCACUGGCCUCAACACACCUUUCGCGUCCUCUGGGCCGAAGGACACGUGCAGAAGGAAUGCGUCCUCUUCAAAGGCCACAAGGACUGCUGGAACCAGGAUUCGGUGACAGAGGAACAGGUGUUCAGGUGCGAACUCUCCUUCGAAAAGUCAACGGUGCUGCAGUCGGAGCUGGAAUCCUGCAAGGAGCUGCAGGCCUUGGAGCCGGAGAACAAGUGGUGUCUCCUAACUAUCAUCCUCCUCAUGAGGGCUUUGGAUCCUUUGGUUUACGAGCAAGAGACACUCCGCUACUUCGCUGCCUUGAAGGCCGCAGACCCCAUGCGCUCCUCAUACCUCAACGACCUCCGGAGCAAGUUUCUGAUUGAGAACAGCGUCCUCAAGAUGGAAUAUGCCGAUUCGCGGGUGGUGGACCUGUCCCAGAAGGGCCUGACCAGCCUGUGCCACUUGGAACACCUGUUGCUGGUCACACACCUGAACCUUUCCGAUAACCUUCUCUCAGCCUUCCCUCCAACACUGGCCAUGAUGCGUUGCCUCGAGGUGAUGGAGGCCAAUGACAACCGGAUUGAGAGCCUGGAAGGGCUUCCCCCUCUGCCUUCUCUGGAAGAACUGUCUCUCCGCAACAACCGCAUCCAGCGAGCCUCUGCCCUCCGGAGUCUGGCCACGUUCCCCGGUUUGGUUCAGCUCAACCUUCAAGGAAACCCCCUGUGCCAAAUUCCGGGCAUUCAGUCGGAGCUGGCCACGCUACUCCCCAAUGUGACCACCAUCUUGACUUGAUUUCCUCGGGGGGGGGGGGGGCAGGGGGGGGAGCAGCGCUGGAGACCCUUAAUUUAUUGCCAAUUAAAAGCAUCCCAGCUAGAGGCCUUGU